UAUUUCACGUUACACAUUUCAAUAAAAAUGAUACAAUUGGCGUUUUUACAAUAAAACUACAUUUUACAAAUUAAUGCCAUAUAUAGUACUGAAGAAUUCUGGAUAUAAUUUAAGAAGAUAUUCAGAGAAAUAAGACUCAGUUAAAAUUUUUAAAAAAACAAAAUGGAACAAAAAGAAAAAUUUAAAAACCAACUAGAACAGAUUGUAUCACAAAAAAACAAAAAUAAUGUUUAUUUAAACCAACAUCAAUAUGAAAAAAUAUUAUUGGAAGUAAAGGCAGCAAAAUUAAAAGAAAAGAAUAAAAAUGACGUAGAUUACCGCCGGCUGAAAAGAUACGAUAUAAUAAUGGUAGGGAAGAAAGAAAAAUUAAUAACCCCUUUUAAAGAAGGGGUAGUAUAAAAUAUUUUGUAAAAAUUGAAGAAACUUAUGGAAUUAUACACGAUACUCAUUUGGCAACUGGCCAUGGUGGCCGAAACAGAUUAUUGAAAGAAAUUAAUAACAAAUACAACAACAUUACUAUUGAAGCAAUUAUGUUGUAUUUAUCUUUAUGUGAAGCAUGUCAAAAAAAGGCAAAAGGCAAGAAAAAAGGAAUUGUGAUGGAACCAAUUUUGACGAAUGAAAUGAAUUCUAGAUGUCAAGUGGAUCUUAUAGAUUUACAGACACAACCAGAUAAUGAAUUUAAAUUUAUUUUAAAUUAUCAAGAUCAUUUAACCAAAUUUGUUGUAUUGCGUCCACUAAAAACAAAAACUGCGUCAGAAGUAGCAAAACAACUUAUGGACAUUUUCACUCUUUUGGGAGCCCCAUCCAUUCUCCAAUGUGAUAAUGGUAGGGAGUUUGCAAAUAAAAUUAUCCAAGAAUUAACAAAUAUGUGGGAUGGUGUGAAAAUAAUACACGGGAAGCCUUGCCAUUCUCAAAGCCAGAGGGCUCGAUAGAGCAAGCGAAUCAAGAUGUUCAAAAUAUGCUUACAACCUGGCUUAUCGCUAACCAAACAACCAAGUGGUCAGAAGGUUUAAAAUAUGUUCAACUGAUGAAAAAUAGAGCUUUUCAUGAGGAUAUAAAGCAAACUCCCUAUGAAGCUUUAUUCGGAACAAGAAUGAAAUUGGGUUUGAAAACAUCAAAUUUACCUAUGGAAUCUGUUGAACAGCUGGAAACAGAAGAAGAAGAGUUAGAGCAAUUACUAGAAAGGAGUACACACAGCCAAUUCACCACAUAGCAAAGUCGCAGAAAACGAUUUUAAUUUUACCUAUAUAUAGUAGAUAUUCUGGUGACUAGAUGGCGCCACCAAAAAAAAAUUUAUGAUUAACUUUCAUUGUAUGAAAUUUCGAAUAGUUUUUGCAUCAGUGUUUCAAAAAUGUCUUUAGCCGAUGAAUUGUUAGCCGAUUUAGAAGAUGAUGAAGUUUUCGAUGAUGAUGAACAAUCUAAUUUGGAAUCAAUGGAAGUUGUUCCAAAUGAAACAAAUUUUGAAUCAACACAAAAACAAUAUUCAUCGGUUCGUUCAUUAACAAAAAUCAUUGGUAGUGAUGAACUUAAACGGAUAAUGGCCGAAAUAAAUAGUCGACAAUCGAAUGAUGUCAAAUUCAACAAAUGUCAGAUUGAUGGUCCAAUUGAAUCACAUCCUGAAUAUAAAUUAGUAGUGGAUGCCAAUAAUAUGGCCGUACAAAUUGAUAAUGAUGUCAAUAUUUGUCAUAAAUUUGUUCGCGAUAAAUAUUCCAAACGUUUUCCUGAACUAGAAUCAUUAGUACCGAAUCCAAUGGAUUAUUUGAUGACAGUCAAAGAAUUGGCAAAUAAUUUGGAAAAAGUGAAAAAUAAUGAAAAACUUCAAGAAUUCCUUACACAAGCUACAAUUAUGGUGGUUAGUGUAACAGCUUCCACUACUCAAGGAUCAAUGCUGUUAGAAGAAGAAUUAAGCUAUAUAAUUGAUGCUUGUGAUGUUGCUAUCGAAUUGAAUGAAUGUAAAAUGUUGAUAUAUGAAUUUGUCGAAUCGAGAAUGACAUUUAUUGCACCAAAUUUGACUGUCAUCAUUGGUGCUUCUAUUGCGGCCAAAUUAAUCGGUUUAGCUGGCGGAUUGACCAGUCUAUCGAAAAUUCCAUCAUGUAAUUUAAAAUCAUUGGGAUCUACACGUAAAACUUUAUCGGGAUUUUCCACCACCGUUAUAAUGCCUCAUUCAGGAUUAGUAUUUCAAUCAGAAAUUGUUCAAAGUUCGCCACCAGAUUUACGUAAAAAAGCGGCUACAUUAGUGGCAAAUAAAUCUACAUUAGCUGCACGUGCUGAUGCUGUUCAUUCAUAUCCAGAUGGAUCAAUGGGUGAAAAAUUUCGUGAAGAAGUUGAACGAGCUUUGGAUAAACUACAAGAACCACCACCAGUGAAACAGGUGAAACCAUUACCAGCACCAAUUGAUACACCGAAGAAAAAACGUGGCGGUAAACGUGUUCGUAAAUUAAAAGAACGUUUAGUAAUUACUGAUUUACGAAAACAAGCAAAUCGAUUGAAUUUUGCCGAAAUUGAAGAUGAUGCUUAUCAAAAUGAUUUAGGAUUCACUACUGGCCAGAUGGGUAAAUCUGGUAGCGGUAAAAUUCGUGGACCACAGAUUGAUGAAAAAACAAAAGUUCGUAUAUCGAAAACAUUGCAAAAAAAUCUACAACGUCAUCAACAGGUGUUUGGUGGAACAACUACCGUUCGUAAACAGGUUUCCGGUACAGCAUCAACAAUAGCAUUUACACCGAAACAAGGUCUAGAAAUAAAUAAUCCAUUGGCAGCUGAAAAAAAAGUGAAUGAAGCUAAUGCUAAAUAUUUUAGUAAUUCAAGUGGAUUUUUCAGUGUCAAACCAAAAACAUCUUAAAUUUUUAUUAUUUUUUCAUCAAUAAAUGUAAAUGUAAUUUUUUUUUUAAAAAUCUGAACUAUUUGAAAAAGA